ACUUCUUUCCAUUUGGUGCUGCCCAAUUUAAAUCAAUGUUUCUCAAAUAAACCCUUGAAACUUUCAAUAUGCCUCAGUUUAAUUUUUGACAAUACUCGAGAAGGGGGCUACUCUCAUUCCAAGAGAGCACAACUUUCAGAACUGAUGGGAUUCUCAGUAUUUCUACCAUCCAGAAUACCUUCCUAACAUAAUUUCAAGGUGCAUCCCAAGUCCUCCUCUAAGUGCAGGUUUUGUAGAAGUUUCUAUCCAGAGAUGCUGUGACUUCUUGGGUUCUACAAUGUUCCUUCUUUCUUGUAGUAUGGAGUUGCUUGUAGCUGAGCCCCAAAGAUCCUCUCCCCUGGAUAUAAAUCCAGGAUGGAUCUUAUAGUCCCUCCUUUGUGUUGCCUGAAUAUUUUCGAAGCUCUGAGGUCCUGACUUCCUGGUUCCAUCUCUUACUAUCUGUGUGACCUGGAACAUGUUACUUAAUCUCUUUAUGCCUCGGUUUUCUUAGAUGCUAAGUGGCGUUAAAAUCGUACUAACUCACAGCGUUCUUCUGAAGAUUAAGUGAAUUAAUAUCUGCAAAUAUUUUAAAACAGUGUCCAUACAAUUAAUGCAUAGCAAAUACUCAAUUGUGUUACAUGUUUAGUACUGUUAUUCCUCCAUUGUGUAACUUAUUUCCUCAAAACAGAGUCACAAUCUAGCUCACAAACUCUCACUUUAGGGCAGCCUAGACUCUCUUACUACUAUAUUUGGUUUUGAUCUAUAUUCUUCAGUAACCAACUAGUGUCACUUUUACAAGUGUUUAUCAGUAUAUUCUUCUCCAAGGGCCAGAACAGACUCUUACCCUAUUCCCAGUAUGAAGCAGUUCAUUUUUGUUUACUUUUGUCUUAGCUCUUUUCCAGAUUACAGCAGAAAGUGACGUCCUCAGUUUGGUGAUGAAUGACACUCAUACAAACAUUCUGUCAAUAUAAACCCACCACAAGAAAGCCUGGGUUCUUGUUGCUGCCUCCUGAAGGCCCUCUGUUCUCUCUCCUAAAGAUCAGUGCGCAAGACUGACAUGAUGGAGCAGAGGAAUCAGAGUGGGAGGGUAAGUGAGUUUGUGUUGCUCGGCUUCCCGGCUCCUGCGCCACUGCGGGCACUUUUAUUCGCCCUUUCUCUGCUGGCCUAUGUGUUGGUGCUGACUGAAAACACACUCAUCAUUAUGGCAAUUAGAAACCACCCCACCCUUCACAAACCCAUGUACUUCUUUCUGGCUAAUAUGUCCUUCUUGGAGAUCUGGUAUGUUACUGUCACUAUUCCCAAGAUGUUAGCUGGAUUUGCUGGGUCCAAACAGAGCCAGGGACAGCUAAUCUCCUUUGAGGGCUGCAUGACACAGCUCUAUUUUUUCCUGGGACUGGGCUGCACUGAAUGUGUCCUUCUUGCUGUUAUGGCCUAUGAUCGCUAUGUGGCCAUCUGCCAUCCUCUCCACUAUGCUGUCAUUGUCAGCGGUCACCAGUGUGUGCAGCUUGCUGCUGGCUCCUGGGCUGGAGGUUUUGGUAUCUCCAUGGUCAAAGUUUUUCUCAUUUCUCGCCUCUCCUACUGUGGACCCAACAUCAUCAACCACUUUUUCUGUGAUGUCUCCCCAUUACUCAAUCUUUCAUGUACUGACAUGUCAACAGCAGAGCUUACAGACUUUGUUCUGGCCAUUUUUAUCCUGCUGGGGCCACUCUCUGUCACUGGGGCCUCCUAUAUGGCCAUCACUGGUGCUGUGGUACGAAUUCCCUCGGCUGCUGGGCGCCAUAAAGCCUUUUCCACCUGUGCCUCUCACCUCACUGUUGUGAUCAUCUUCUAUGCAGCCAGUAUCUUCAUCUACGCCCGGCCAAAGGCACUCUCAGCUUUUGACACCAACAAGCUGGUUUCUGUACUCUAUGCUGUCAUUGUACCUUUGCUCAACCCCAUCAUUUACUGCUUACGCAAUCAAGAGGUCAAGAGAGCCCUACGCCAUACGCUACACCUAUACCAGGGCCAGGAUGCUAAGCGCAGGAAAGCAAGCAGAGAUGGGUAGAAAAUGCUCUUAAACUUGGCAUCUAUAUCUUCUAUGAAGUCCAGAGGAGUUCUUAUGCCCUAAAUUAGGGACUUGGGCUCAAAAACACCACCAUGGAACUAAUCCAGAAGGAAGAAGAGAGAUGGAUUGCAAGCUGGCAGCUGGAUUUCUGCAGGACAGCACUGUAAAUACAUGUCAGAA